CCGGCUCAACCAAUGAAUGGAGACUGGGAGGAAACAUCGCUCGACACUUUUCUCUCCGCACUUCUUUCUGGCCGCCUGUAGCCUUGAAGACACCAUGAAGUCUGAGCUGUGACAGUUCCUGUUGUUCCUCAAACACUUCCGCUGCCAGAAAAACCAGACCGACCACCGGCUACCUCUCCUCGGGUGUCUCCGCGGUUACUUUCCGGUGUCUGUGUGUGCGUGGUCUGACCGGGAGAGGCUGCAGAGAUGUCGGGCAACGGGGGCUCGGCUGUCGGCCUUCUGUCUUACGAGACGCUGGUUCACGCUGUGGCAGGUGCAAUGGGGAGUGUGACAGCCAUGACCGUCUUCUUCCCUUUGGACACAGCCAAGAGCAGACUGCAGGUGGAUGAGAAGAGAAAGUCAAAGUCAACCCCCGUCAUCUUGGCUGAGAUAGCAAAGGAAGAAGGCCUUCAGUCUCUGUACAGAGGCUGGUUACCAGUCAUUUCCAGCCUCUGCUGCUCCAACUUUGUCUACUUCUACACCUUCAACACGCUGAAGAAGCUGAUGGCAUCUGGUCCUGGGAAGUCCAGACCUGGCAAAGACCUGCUCAUGGGGGUCGUAGCAGGGGUGGUGAAUGUGAUUACGACCACUCCCAUGUGGGUGGUCAACACUCGACUGAAGCUGCAGGGAGUAAAGUUCAGGAAUGAAGAUCUCCAUCAGACCCAGUACAAGGGCAUCUUUGAUGCUUUUUCACAGAUCAUAGCCAAUGAGGGAGUGGGAACUCUGUGGAACGGCACUCUGCCCUCGCUCAUCCUCGUUGUCAACCCGGCUGUACAGUUCAUGUUUUAUGAGGCCAUGAAGAGGAGGGCAGGCAGGGGAGGGAAGAAGAUAUCCUCAGCAGAGAUCUUUCUCAUUGGAGCCAUUGCCAAGGCCAUCGCUACAACAGCGACGUAUCCUCUUCAGACAGUUCAGGCCAUCCUGAGGUUCGGCCAGUACAAAGGUGACGGCAAGGGCGGAUUGAUUGGAAGCCUCUCAAACAUUUUCUCUCUGCUAAUGGACAGAAUCAAGGGGUAUGGUGUUCUCGGGUUGUAUAAAGGCCUGGAGGCCAAGCUGCUACAGACGGUGCUGACGGCUGCCCUCAUGUUUGUCGUGUACGAGAAGAUCACUGCUGCUACCUUCAAGGUCAUGGGCCUGAACAAGAAGCUGAAGCACUGAACACACGCCUACUUGAAUACAGUACGGCAUUAGUACACUCAUCAUCUGUAGGUCGUAUCAGUGGCUGCUAAUGAUUUGUUAAUGCCAGGUAUUGUUUCAGUCACCAAAAUAAGAAAUGGGACAGGUGCCUUUUAGGACCACAGAUUCCCACGCUUGCCCAAAAAAUACACCAAAACCAGACUCGUAAUAAUAACCUCUUUUUUAACCUUUAAAGUCCCAGUGAAGUGGAAGUUAUUUCACAGUGAAGCAGAAUAUUUGGGCAGGGUACAGCAGUGUUGUAAGACCACCUAAACUGAGACCAAGUCAUGACCAAGACCUGAGUGUAGUGAGACCAACACAAGACCAAGACUCUAAGGGGCUGAGACCAAGUCAUGACCAAGACCAGUGUAUUGUGAUCAACACAAGACCAGGGCUAGACCAGUGCAAGCUCCACACUGCAGGACACACUUGGGAUAUACUGUGAAACAUGAUAGGCACUCCUCAAAUUGAUCUGAAAGCUGAACUCAACCACCUUUAUUCAACUUUUGUUUUUAUGCAAAAGCAAUUAAGUGAUGUACCUGCAGUUGUGGUCUUGCCCGAGAAAUUUGAUGAUAUUACCUUUGAUAAAAUUCCAAGUCCUCUUCGCCUGAGGCUGAGACAAGACCAAGUAAAUAUGCAGAAAUGUCUUAAACAACUGAGAACUUUAGAAAGAGGUCUCAAGACAAAGACCGAUUCCAAGUGCUACAACACUGGUGUACAGUUUCAAGAGGGAUUCACAUUUGAUUUGACUGCUUAAAAGUAAAGGCAGGCUUAGAGUUUAGCGUGAAACAGAGCUAUAGCGGCCUAUUGGCGAGAUGAAUAAAUAGACCUUAGCCGUUUUGUCCACAGAGAACCAAACACACAUUUCUUCCUAUUUUUCUUCAUAUCCCUCUGUUAACUAUCAGAAUCAACUUCCAGGGCUGAAAAAUGAAGCAGAGGUGGAAGUGCUAAAAACUGCAAUUCUUCGAAUGGCCACUUGGGGCUGGCUCCAGAAGCCAGUCAGUCCCCAUAGACCCCAAUGUUACAAUGCCCACUUUUACAGCAGGGGUAAACAUGUUUACAGCCUGGUACAAAAACAGUUUUGGUCUCUGUUGCUAACGUUCCUGUCCAUGACAACUGUUCAGGAGUGAAUAUCUAUAUAAGUCACCAACAUUUCAUUAAGGCUUAAAGUUACGCAUAAUUAAGGCCAGGCUGCUUUGAGUGACAGUGUUCUUGGCUUCUCAUUUAGAUCCACCCUGCGGUCCUCCACGGUGCCAGCCUCUCGCCCAAAUAUGGUCAUUUCUGGCUCCAAAGAAAAACCAAAAUGGUGACUACCGAAAUGCCGAACUUGAGGCUUAAAACUGGAGUCCACAAACCAGUAGGUGACAUUAUGGUGCCUACGUCCACUAUUGUUACAGUCCACGAUUCCAACCCACAAACAGUGAAGUGCUCUUUUAUAUUACCACUGUAGCUAGCUAGUCCAAAGUCUCGCCCAAAGUUUCCUUAUCACCCCUGGGAAGGAAAAGAGACUGGGUUUAUGAUUUUUUUUAACAUAUAUUUGGCAUGUAGUGAUCAAUUAACACUGAGGUAAAGGAUUAAAACUGGGAAAUUACUUUUUCAUUUCACUGGGUCUUUAAAUGGUUCCAUUUGUGCAGACUGGCCUUGAUUUCCUCCACUGGUGAAUCUCUGUUGAGAUGCUCUAAGUGAUGUCACCAGCUGAGAUUUUAAAAUUAGUGUGGGAACACAUCACACUAUUUUGUGAAGGGAAAGUUGACAUCAUAUGACAUUUAGGGAAAUUGAUUGCACUUUGAUUAAAACCAUAAUUUGUAUCAAUCCUCUCAUCGAAAUAUCAGCAAAAAAGUGAACACUCUUUGUUCCUAAAUUGUGGAACUUUUCCUUCGACAUUAGGGGUCUAAUGGAAAUGAUGACACCAGUAAGUUGAGCUGCCUACUCUGGUAUUGCCUUGACUUAAGAUACUGGACCAUUCUUCACACACUGUCUUAUGUUUUAACUGUGAAUUUAACUCAGUUUGAUAGAAACCUCAUGACAUUUUUGCCAGAUUAAUGUUUUUUAAUAUUCUGACUUGUGAUGUCAUCACUACACACACAUCAGCAGUAAUAAUAAUAAUGAUAUUGAUGGUGAAAGGGAGGAGAGCUCCCAUUCAUUUAUUCAUUUAUAGACUUUUGUGUCAAGCUCAGCAAGGUCUUGGUUUUAACAGUUAUAAUAUAUUAACUGAAAAUGAAUUUAAUAUAAAUGGAAUAAGUGGGUGGCAAUACAGUUUGAGAGUAGAACGUACAUGUGUGUAAAUACUGCAGUAGGUGCUAAGUGCCUCUUAAUUAUAUCUGAAAACUGUACUAUGAACUCAUGUAAACGCCGUGAUGACUGUUCUUAAACUCACAAUGCUCUUAAUUGUCAACUGUCUUUACGACUGUAUUGGUCAGUAUGAACAUUUGUCUUACAGUGUCCUGUUAGUAGUGUUGGUUAUUCAGGGUUUUGCAUUAAUUUACAGUAUUUGUUUAUCACCGUGCUCUUUUUUCUGAUUUAUUGAACGGACGUUUCUGCUGACUUUCACCUUUAAACCUCACUGACACUUGAUUCACUUCUUUGGUUGCUGUUGGACUAGUUGUUCAAGCCGUUAACGUGAGUUUUAAUUAUUACCAGAGGUGCUGCUCUCAAUAUUACUGUGUAACAUCACAUGUAGAAAAUCAUUUUGUCUGUUUGUUGUAUUAAUUUGUGUAACCAAGGUGCGAGUAGUAAGGAUACUGUCAACUUAAUGACAAUAGAAAUGACGUUAUUUACCAGAUGAGCUCCUCCACUGUUAGGUUUCAGACCUUUUUGCUGUCUCACACACUUCCUGUUCUCAGUUACACCAUAUAUUUGAGUGUCAGUGAAUUAUAUACCUGCGUAAAGAGAGACCAGAAAGUUUUUGGUGUCAAACACUUAAUUUUUUUUGCAUUCUGGUGAUUUUUUUAUGCACCAAUUUGUGCUUUUUCUCAACCAAUAUAUGGUAUAAGUGUCUUUAAAAUAAAGCCCUCAGCUGUCAUGUUUUUAUCAAGGGGGAUAAAUGCAUGCUGCAAAUAUUAAGGGGGACAAUUCCCCUGCAUUCCCCCCACAAAUUGUACACCCAUGGCAGCUACAAAAUUAAUUAUGAUGGCUAAUGUUCCUUAUUAAAUUCAUUCAUUCAUUUUCUAAAAUGUGGCUGAAGCCUAUCCCAUCUGGCUUUAGGCAAGAGGCAGGGUACACCCUGUACAAACUGCCAGACUAUCACAGGGUUGAGACAUAGAAACAGACAGCCAUUCAUGCUCACACUCACACCUACAGGCAAUUUAAAUGUGUCACCAGUUACCCUGCAUGUCUUUGUACUGUGGGAGGAAGCUGGAGUACCCAGAAAAAAACCCACACUAAGGGGAGAUCAUGUAGACUCCACACAGAAGGGCCUCAGGUGGCUUUAUGUUAACAAUACAUGGCCAGUAAGUGGGGGUGAGAAUCACCAGAGACUGAUACAAUAACAAAACAAUAUUACUAUGGUUUUAAAUGCUUUGCGAUAAAAUAUAUUUGAAAUUUUUUCUUACAUUUUUUCACCUACCAAUCAUGUCCCCAAAAAGAAAACUUUGUCAACAUCUGUUUUCUCUUUUAAGAUGAAGUUUCCAGUCUGUUCAUCUCACUUCAAUCUUUUUUACUGCAGCAAAAUGUAUCCAGUUGACGGAGAAAGCAAUUGAUUUCAUUAUUCUAGCAUGCUGCCAAAAGUUUAAUUUGCAAUAGUAAUAAUUUAUAUUUGAAAAAUUAUACUUGCCAUCUGUGUAUCGAUAUAAUGUUGGUCUACAAAAUAUCACCACUAGGCUGUAGUGAUUUUUUUCCCCACCACUCCUACCAGUACGGCAGAAAAAUUGAAACUGCUGCGAGAAAACUGCAAAAGCUGGUGAUAUACAGUGUGUGAAAAAGCAGAAACCUCUGCACAAAGAAAAUAUCACUAACUCAGGUGAGGCAAAGGGACAGCAUGAACCUCAUUUAAUAGUUGAGGAGCUGAAAGCUGGUGAAUGUGUCAUUAUUCAUUAUAAAAUAACGACAAAGGCAAUAAUUACUAGAUGACACAGUGCACAUUCAUAACUUUUAUCUCACAAUGACAUCUUGUUUUUUUCAAACGUAGCUGUAUGGUAAUAAUUAUUUAUUAUGCGCAUUCCUUUUUGAAAUUGUUAAGGACCGUAAUAAAAUACUACCAAUGUUUUGAACGGAACAGUUUACAUGAAAGAAACUUUGUAUCUGUGGACACAAUAUUUGCUUUAAGUUAUCUUCAUUUAUUUACAUCACAGUGUUUUAAACACAUUGCUUUCUAACUUUGUUUCAAUUAACAAACCACUGGUUGGGGUUUGAAUUAUUAUUAUUAUAACAAUAAAGUGUGAGAAACAAUAUUAAA